UCUUUUUCUAACUUGCCAAAACCCGCACCACUUCAUCUACAAUUGUGAAUACUUAAGCGGUCCUUAAUCAUUCCAUAUAUCCGUUUCCAUAUUCCUAUUGGCAUUCCUUCAUAUUAUGUUGAUUGAGUAAUUGUUACUGUAAACAAACAUCAUGUCAUUCGUUCAAGUAUCUGAAACAAACGAUAGUGAAAAAGAGAUCGUAGACUUGCCGUUGGAAGAUGAUUCCACUCUCUUGCUGUCCACUCUCCGUGCUCAAUAUCCAGAUGCUUGUGGCUUGAAGUAUGUUGCUCCUGAUAAUGGUCGUACGCGAGCUAUAAGACUUGCUGACAAUAAGCUACAUCCGCCUACUGAAGAAGGUUGGGGUGAAAUUGUGUACUUUUGUUCGUUCAACAAAGAUAACGUGCAGAAAAGGAAAUUGAACGAAGAAUUUGAAAGUGAUGUUGAGCGAGCAUCCAAGGAACCAAAGUCUGAGGCAACAUCAACUGCUUGGAAGAAUCGUGAUUUACUUGUGCUUGGUUUACCAUGGAAAACGACUGAUGAGGACUUAGAAAGUUACUUUAGUAAAUACGGUGAACUGCGCAUGGCACAAAUUAAAAAAACAUCUGAUGGAAGAUCAAGAGGUUUUGGAUUUAUACGAUUCAAAGAACAAGAAUCUCAAGUACGGUCCAUAUUAGAUUCUCACGUAAUUAAUGGAAGACGAUGUGAAAUCAAAAUACCCAAUAUUAAGGAUGCAUUUAUAAAUGAAGCACCAAAGAAAAUAUUUGUGGGUCAACUGACUGAAAAUAUUACUCAAGAAGAUCUUGAAGAAUAUUUUAAAAAAUUUGGUGAUAUUGUUGAAGUAUUUGUUCCUCGUCCAUUUAAAGGCAUUGCUUUUGUGUCAUUUACCCAAUCUGAUUCUGCACUUACGGCUCUUGACCAAGAUCAUACCAUCAAAGAUACUCGUCUCAGUGUAUCUGUUGCGAUGCCUAAGGAUAAAGACCCCAGAUCACGUGGUGGACGUAGUGGUGGUGGAAGUGGUGGUAGUGGCAGUAAUGGAAAUCCCUAUGGUAGUCGUAUGAGAGGAAGUCGAGAUUCCUAUAGUAGUCGUGAUAACUAUUAUAACAAUAGUGGUUGGGAUGAUUAUGAUUGUGGCAGCUAUUUAGAUCGUGUUAGGAAAAAUCGCUAUGAUAGAAAGUCGUAUGACAAUAGCAGAUCUUAUAAUUCUGGACAAGUAUGGAGAAAAAAUGAAUAUUCAGAUUCAUCUUCUGUAUCUCAAUCUAAAGAUGUUGCUGGUCAAUUCGAUCCAAAUUUAGUUGCUGCUGUAGUAGAAAAAACAGUAAGAGGAGUAAUUGGAAAUAUGAGUAAAUAUGAGUAGUAUAAAUUUUAAUUUUGACUUAUUUUGUAUGUUUUAAGAUUAUUCACUUUUUUUUUUUAAAAAAAACUUUAUCGAGUACUUAUUCAUUGUGUUUAUUAAAAUCACUUAACGUUUUCUAUCAUAUUGUGAUUAUUAUAAAAGCAAAAAAUUUAGAUGUAUGCAUUCUCAGUUGUAUUAAACUCUUAAUAAAUUAACUAUGAGUGAAAAA